AUUAGUUGGACCGUGCUGCUCCUCGACAAGGACCAGUUUCAUGUUUUGUCUAAAUAACCUCCUCUUGGUCAUGCAGCUUGUGAUCCGCCGGUAUCGUCCCACAGACAAGGACGCAGUGCUCACCCUGUUCAGCAAUGGUAUGCAGGAGCACAACCGUCCAUGUUUUUACAACGCCAUGACCAGCCCUCUCUACCUCGCCAUCUCCCUGGCUCUGUGUGUCGCUGGCUAUCUGCUCAGCUCCGUGUUAGGGGCUGUGGUGUUACCAGGAGCCUGGGUGGGCCUCCUAUACUACUGCUGUCAUGACCUAUAUACUAGUUUUGUCAAGGAGAGACUGCGUACAGACAUGCAGGACAUCCCCGGGAACUAUAUGAGCGGACCAGAUGACUGUUUCUGGGUGGCGGAGACUGAGGUUGAUGGGAGGGUCCAGAUCAUGGGUAUGGUGGCUGUAGUGGCCAGACUAAGUGGGGAAGAAAGACACGCUGAACUGUUCAGAAUGAUCAUCUCACCAUCGUACAGACGGAUGGGUCUGGGCUUCAGGUUGGUUCAGACUGUGGUCGACUUUUGUAAGGAACGAGGCUUCUCCAAGGUGGUGUUGAAAACCAGCUCUACUCAGGUUGCUGCCGUGGGCCUGUACAAGAAAGUGGGAUUCAGCCACACCCUCUCAUACACCAAAACGCAGCUCUGUGUUCCAAAGUUAACGUUGGCCAGGGUGAAGGUUGUAUUUAUGGAAAAACACCUGAAAUAAUCCUGAUCAGCUACUGUGAUGUUCCCUUUAUUUUACUUUAUCAUUAUCUGAUAGCGUCAUCUCACAAACAUGUCAGACCAACUUAUCUGAAUAUUUCAAACACAACACAACUCUUAUAAGCUUACUGAAACUACGCUGAUUGUUGAUUAUAGCACUGCAGGAGUAGCUUCAACUACUGUGAUUUAAUUUCACAAAUAAUCACAUUUAACUGUUUUCACACAAGAACAUGAAAGAAAUAAAACCGUUCCUAAAGGUCUGUCCAUCUCUCCUGCUUCACUUUUUUGCAGUAGGCAAAGUAACUAAAAUGCUUUGGUGAAAUAUAGUGGAGUAAAUGUGAAAGUUGACAGAAAUAUAAAAACUCAAUUAAAGCAUAGAUAGUUUAAUAAAAAACUGAAGUACCUUAAAAAUAUAAUAAUUCUACUUUAUAUCAAAGUAUUAUUACUUUAUGACCAU